CCACCCAUUUGGAAGAUGAGGACAAGAAAGCUGCUUUAUCCAACAGAAAAGGUCUGGCUGGACAAGUACAAGUACGAUGAGGCGGAGAGACUCUUCUAUGAACGGGAAGCGACUCUGGCAGCCUCUGCUGCCAGAACCUGCCAAGCAGUGGUGGCAGUGAAUGGUUUUUGCCAUGAGGAGCCCGUGGAGGAAGAGCUGAAAGAAGUCCUGCGGAAGGGAAGAAAUGGGAAGGAACCAAGGAAAAGGAGGUGUAUCGCCAAAGCAAGACCUUCGGGCCUGAAAGUAGACGCUGUCUUGGCUGGGUUGUUAGCUGACCACGUGUGGCUUGACAAGCCUCUCUUUGACCAGGCAGAAGCUGCCUACAGAAAGAAACUUGCCGAAGCCUCGUCACAGGCAGCCCCCGAGAAGCCCCCAGAUGCUGGGCAGGCUGCAUUAGUGCCCCGGCCAGAAGCAGAAUUCCUCCAAGCUGGUGCUUGGCCAUGGAGAAACCUGGCUGUCUUAAACUGUGCCCACGGCAGCCUGAUGGCCUGCCACCACAUCGUGCAGGACAUUUGGGUCAACAAGUCCAGCUUUGAUAAUGCAGAGAAGUCGUUUAUUGAAAGGACCCAGCUGGUGGUUCUCCCACAUUUCCUCAAGCUCCCCUCUGCGCCAUCACACAGUAGCAUAGGGCAAAAGACACCAGACGAGGGCUAUGUGACGGCCCUGCCUACUCCCUCAACCCCAACGGUGAAUGGCAAACCGCAGGUGUCCUGUUUGCAGGCCCUGCUUUCAGAGGUGUGGCUGGAGAAACCUCUCUAUGAUGAUGCAGAGAGAAGCUUCUACGCAAACAUGUUCGACGGGCACCCUCCAGGAAAGGUGCGGCUGCAGGAACGCGGGCGGCCCGAGUCCUCCAAGAGGAACCGGAAGGACAAAAAGGGCCGCAGCACGGGGAAGCCGUCCGCGGGCAAGAGGGGGAACAGCUCCAUGGCCUCCGCCGCCGUAUCUCCAGAUGGGGUGCGCUCUCCGCCUACCUGGUGUUUCGUGCACAAGGACAGCGAGUCUUCCUGGUUCAGCAAGCCUGCGUAUGACAGUGCCGAGGCGCAGUUCUAUGCGUCCAAAGCCUCACGGCUGGCGGAAAAGCAAGAGCGCUCCAGGAAGUCUGAGACGGCAUUAGCAGAGCCGCCGCAGCCUGCUGCCCAGGUGUCAAGUGCUCCGGAGCCUCAUACUAAAAAAAUGGCAACCAGUUUCCUCAUGCAUGAGAAGAUCUGGUUUGACAAGCUCAAAUAUGACGAUGCUGAGAAGAGAUACUACGAGCAAAAGAACGGUCCCGCCUGUAGCCCGCCUGGCCAGCAGGAGAACGGAGCCAGCCUGAUCCUCCGCGACAUUGCCAGAGCCAGGGAGAAUAUCCAGAAGUCGCUGGCCGGAAGCGUGAGCAGCACCUCUUCCGCAGGGCCCGCAGGGGACCAAAGCGAGCUGGUCACCAGGAUCGCACACCUGGAGCAGGAGAAUCAGAGCCUGCACAGUGUGGUUUCCGACCUGCAGCUGGCCAUCUCCAGGCUGGAAUGUCGCUUGAGCAUGCUGGAGAAGGCAUCUACCUCCCACCACCCUUCCCCACCACCGCCCACACAGCAUGUCACCCCCAUGAAGAAGGUGGAGCCACUGGCUGCUUUGUCCAGAAAAGUGGAGCUUCCGUCAAAGAGAAACUCUCCUGCCGCCGCCGCCGCUGCCGACGAAGAGGAUGACGACAUCGACCUGUUUGGCAGUGACGAGGAGGAGGAGGACCAGGAAGCUGCCCGGGUUCGGGAAGAACGGCUGAAGCAGUAUGCAGAGAAGAAGUCCAAGAAGCCAGGCCUGAUUGCCAAGUCCUCCAUCCUCUUGGAUGUCAAGCCGUGGGAUGAUGAAACAGACAUGAGCAAGAUGGAGGAAUGCGUCCGAUCCGUCCAGAUGGAUGGGCUGGUCUGGGGAGCCUCCAAGCUGGUCCCAGUGGGAUACGGCAUCAAGAAGCUCCAGAUACAGUGUGUAGUGGAAGAUGACAAAGUUGGGACUGAUAUACUGGAGGAAGAGAUCACCAAGUUUGAAGAUUAUGUGCAGAGCGUUGACAUCGCUGCUUUCAACAAGAUCUAACAGCGACCCUUUUCACUUUCCAGAGAUAAUAAAAGGUCAAGACUUGGACAGCA